CUGCAGACAGCUAAACCGGCUCUGUGUGACGUGUAGGACCUCCUCCUCCGACACAGAGCUGCAGUAAUGGCGGACUUCGACAACUACGAUGAGCGGGACCGGGCCUACGGGAGCUUCGGUGGCGGCAGAGGGUCCCGUGGUGGCGGUGGAUCAGGCGGCCCCAGGAAGCAGAAGGAGCUGCCGACAGAGCCUCCGUUCACGGCGUACGUGGGAAACCUGCCGUUCAACUCGGUGCAGGGAGACAUCGACAUCAUCUUCAAAGAGCUCAACAUCCGCAGCGUGCGAUUGGUCCGAGACAAAGAGACGGACAAGUUCAAAGGAUUUUGUUACGUCGAGUUUGAAGAUUUGGAAUCUCUAAAAGAAGCUCUGACAUACGACGGCGCUCUGUUCAGCUGUUCCCAGAGGUCCCUGAGGGUUGACAUCGCAGAGGGACGCAAGCAGGAGCGAGGAGGCCCCGGCGGUGGCUUCGGCUUCAGGAAAGAUGACGCUCGAGGUACGGACGCCGAAUCAGCGCCAGGAAGCCGAGGAGGAUCUCGAGGAGCUCCCAGAGGAGGAGGAGGAGGACGAGACUCUCGUGAGGACUUCGACCAACCGGGAGGAGGUUUCAGAGACGAUGACUUCAUGGGAGGGCGGAGUCGAGGCGGCGGUCGCCCCGGUGACAGGCGGGGGGGCCCCGGCGCCGGAGGACCGGGAGGACCGGGAGCAGGAGGGCCCGGAGGAUCGGCUCGCUUCAGAGAAGGAGGACCCCCCCGCGGAGGAGGAGCCACAGACUUCAGGGAACCGUCUGAAGAGGAGCGUGCUCAGAGGCCUCGGCUGCAGCUGAAGCCUCGGACCGUCUCUGAGCCUCUCAACCAGGUCGCCAACCCAAACUCGGCCAUCUUCGGCGGAGCCAAGCCGCGAGAGGAGCUUUAAAGAAAACACACGAAGAGAGAGAGAGAAAGAGCUUCCCUGACUCAUUUAAACCCGCAGCCUCCUCCUCCGCACGCAGCCACCGCCACACGCCGCCAGACGGUGGCGCCUAACGCAUCAUGUCACCAGCGGGAAAUCAGAAGAAAUGUAAAAAAAGGUUUUUGUGCUGUCGUUUUUGUUACUUCAGUGAGUGUUGCAUCUGCCGCCAAUAUAAUAAAAAUAAAAGUUUUUUGUAAAAAUUGA